AUGUCAGUUUCAGCAGAAGAACUGGCAGUGUUGAAUGCAAUGGGAAAACAUGGCUUUUGCAACUUGGAGUCACCACUGAUGCAUGAAGUUUCAGAACUGCAGCAGGGCAGUGGCAGUGGUAGCUCAGGAAGCAGCCUGGGUGGCUCCAUCACCGCCUGCAAGAAGGUUCUUCGCAGCAAUAGCUUACUGGAGUCCACAGACUACUGGCUGCAGAAUCAGCGGACACUAUGCCAGAUUGGUUUUGUUGAAGACAAGUCUGAAAACUGUGCUUCUGUCUGCUUUGUGAACCUGGAUGUAAAUAAGGAUGCAUGCAGCACGGAGCAACUGCAGCAGAAACUGGUCAAUAUUUCACCAGAUCUUCCAAAGCUUAUCAGCUCCAUGGAUGUCCAACAGCCAAAGGAAAAUGAAAUUGUCCUCCUAAGUGGGUUAGCAUCUGGAAAUCUCCAGACAGAUUUUGAAGUUUCACAGUGUUCUUGGCUGCCAGAUAUCUGCUUGGUCCAAUGUGCAAGAGGGAACAGACCGAACAGUACCAACUGCAUCAUCUUUGAAAUCAACAAAUUCUUGAUUGGCCUGGAACUGGUGCAGGAACGUCAGCUCCACCUGGAAACAAACUUUGUGAAGCUGGAGGAUGACACAAACUGUUCCCUGUCCUCAAUUGAGGAAGACUUUCUCACUGCCUCUGAACAGUUGGAGGAAGAAAGCGAGGUGGAAGAAUAUAGGACUGGUUAUGAAAAUAUAAAUGUGUCAACCAAUGUUUUGGAAAAUAAAAAGCCAAAGGAAGUCUUCCAAGAGGAAUGGGAUUACAACAAGGGAAAACCGCUUUAUGCUUUGGAAGACAAAUACAUUAACAAAUAUCAUCCAUCGCUGAUUAAAACAGAAAGAUCUUUGGAAAAUGUAGCAGAGAACAAAGCCUUACAAAGUGUAGAUCCCUCAGCCACGUCAUCACAAUGGAAAGGUGAAGCCAUGGGGAAUGAGCAACCAGCCACAAACCCUUGUUAUCCAGAAAAAAUUAAAGGUCAAGUGGAAACAACUCAGGCACUGUAUAUUCCAAGUGAUGCUUAUUUCUCCAUGAUGGUUAGCAAAGAUGUACCUUCUGCAUGUGGCACUGACACUGAGCAGAGCAGCAACCUAGACCCAGGAGAUGGUGAAGAUACGAGAAACUCUCUUCUACCUAUCCAAGAUGGAGAAGCUACAGCUGGAGAGUAUGCUACAAAUUUAGCAGAAUCUGUGCUGCAAGAUGCCUUUAUCAGAUUAUCUCAGUCCCAGCCUACACUACCCCAGAAAUCUGCAGUCAGUAUUUCUGUAGGAAGUGCUCUGCUUCCCAGUGGCUGUUCCACAAAAGAUAUAGUGGUCCCUCGGUCAUGGAAUGAGCUCCCCAAAAUCGUCAUUGUGCAGAGUCCAGAUGGCAGUGAUGCAGCCCUGGAGCCCUGGUCCGAGAUGGAGGUCUCUGUUGAAAGCUCAGGCAUCCUGUCUGGAGAGAACCCCAACAGACACCCUCAGAGUGCACUAGAAGUAGCGCUAGCUUGUGCAGCCACUGUAAUUGGAACUAUUUCUAGUCCACAGGCCACAGAAAGACUCACAAUGGAGCAAGAAUCCCUGGUAUCCAACUGUGCACUGAGAGGAAAGGGGGUGCUUCAAAGUCAAGCAUCCCAAGGACUCAAGGAGCCCUCCAUCAGUGAAUAUUCCUUUCCAUCAGCUCUAGGUGGCAUGACACAGGUGGCAAGUGCCAUUGCUGUCUGUGGCUUCGGUGAUAGAGAAGAGGUGACAUGCCCUGUGACACCAAGUGGCCUCUUGCCUACAGCUGGGACUUCUGAAGCAAUGCCCUCACUUUGCAGUUUAGUGACAGAGAGAAGUGUGGAGCUAGGGAAGGAAGCUAUUGCAGAGGCUCUGCUCAGGGAGGCUGCACUGGUGUUAACAAGCCCUGAUACCUACAGCAGCACUGGAGACCUCAUGGAAUCUGUGAAUAGGAGAAUCAUAGAAACCACUUCCAAACCUCAGACCCUGUGCUCAGAAAACUUCCUUAGGAAUGAACUGGCACAGACCCUGUCCAGUGUUAUCCUGAAACAUUCUAUUGAUGAAUUUCACCAGAAAAAUAAAAUGACUUAUCCCAAUGAUAGCAGACACCCAUCUGAAACUCUGAACACCUUAAUGGAAAGUACAAAUCAACUGCUCCACGAUGUGAUAUGCUUCACGUUCAGAAAGAUGAGUCAUAUUGUUCAGCUCGGUGAAUGUCCCACUGUCCUUUCUAAGGAGACCAUUAAAUGGAGGGAGACAGAACCCUUAAGAUGCCAACCUUUUGAUCAGGCUCCUGUUCAAACAUGGACAAAAGCCACAGAAGGCUCCAGUCCACACAGCACUAAUCUUGUCAUCAAUGAUCUUGUAGAUGAUGUUCUUCCAAAGCAAGACAAGAGUGGAGCAAGGCCAGGCCUAUUCAAGAACCCCAUGAUGCAAUCUGAACUGUCAUGUAGUCCCAGAGUGACUGCUAAAACAUCCCCCAAGGAAAUACAUCUGAAAGGAGUGGUAGGAGAGGAUACAAAGAAUUCUCAUCAGAUACCCAGUCCCAAUGAAAAUGAGCAUAGCAACUCUUCAGAAGCAGAAAGGGCACCAAUAGCAGGCAAGUGCAGAAGCAGCUCCCAGGAUGCUGAGGACAGUAUUGAUCCCAACACCCAAGAGAAGUACAAUGAAGUUCAAAUUAACCAGUCCUUGUUAGGAGAGGACCUGGUGUUUCCUUCUCAACCCAUGACACAGGCAAAGCACACAACUGUCUACUGCAUUACAGACUUUGCAGAAGAAUUAGCAGAAACAGUUGUCUCCAUGGCAACUGAAAUCGCAGCAAUCUGCCUUGACAACUCCAAUGGAAAACAACCCUGGUUUUGUGCGUGGAGAAGGGGGAAUGAGUUUCUGGUGACACCAAACGUAUCCUGCAGAUCCUUGAAGAGAAAAAAGGAAAGCCAGAGCAGUGGUAGCACUGUGAGGAGGCACAAGCCCCCUCGACUCAGCGAGAUCAAGAGGAAAACAGAUGAGCAUCCAGAGCUUAAAGAAAAGCUGAUGAACAGGGUUAUGGAUGAGGCUGUGAACCUCGAGGACGUCCCUGAUUCUGUCAAUAUUUUUGCAAAUGAGGUGGCAGCCAAGAUCAUGAACCUCACAGAGUUCUCCACGGUGGAUGGCGUGUGGCAGGCCCAGAGCUGUUCUCGGAAUCGGUUACUGGGUGGUGACAGGUGGAACCGGCUGAAGGCCUCCAGCUGUGAAAGCAUUCCUGAGGAGGACUCUGAGGCCAGGGCCUAUGUAAACAGCUUGGGUUUAAUGAGUACAUUAAGCCAGCCAGUCAGCAGGGCCAGCUCUGUCUCCAAACAAUCAAGUUGUGAGAGCAUUACUGAUGAGUUUUCCAGGUUCAUGGUGAACCAGAUGGAAAAUGAAGGCAGAGGAUUUGAAUUACUGCUGGAUUACUAUGCUGGCAAGAAUGCCAGCAGUAUUCUGAGCACAGCAAUGCAACAGGCAUGCCGGAAAAAUGACCACCUCAGCGUGAGGCCGAAUUGUCCCUCCAAGCAGUCCAGCACGGAGAGCAUAACUGAGGAGUUCUAUAGGUUCAUGCUAAGGGACAUUGAACGAGAAAGCAAAGACAGCCCAUCCUCCAGACGAAGCAGCCAGGAUUGGAACCCAGGCUUACUGUCUCCUUCUGCACGAUCACCGCUGUGCUACAGACAAUCGUCCAUGCCCGAUGGCAGGUCCCCAUGCACCAGGUUAAUGGUGAAUGCACCAGUCAAAGCCAACUCCUUAGAUGGUUUUGCCCAAAACUGCAUGCAAGAUUUCCUCAGCGUGCAACCAGUCAGUAGCACCUCAUCAUCUGGUCUCUGCAAAUCUGACUCUUGCUUGUACCGGAGAGGUGGGACUAACCAGAUCACAGACAUGCUAAUUCAUGAAACAUGGGCAAGCUCCAUCAAGGCCCUGAUGUGCAAGAACAAAAUUAUUGUGGAUGAUGCAGAGGUGGCUGAUGCGGGUCUUGUUGCUGACCACCCUCCCUUGCAAGUGGAGAAGUGUGCAAGCAGAUUAGCUCCAAGCAGAGGGCCAACUCUUCUUGUUCAGGAAUCUGUGGGUUGCCCAAGGAAGGACCCCGUUACUGAAAGCAAACAUUCCCCAUUGUCAUCUCCAAGCAAGACAGCUCCUCUUACAACUCAUGAGGGCUUCAGUUCCAAAAAGGACACUUCUGCAUGCCAUGAUGCUGUCCUUCUAACUCCCACCAGACAGUCACUUUGCACGAGGGAGGUGCCUUUGAUUCAGAUUGAAACAGACCAGAGAGAAGACUGUAUUGGAGAACUUGAAUGCUUCCUUUCCAAAAGAGGCCUCCCAGAGGAAUCAGAAGAGCAUCCUAAUGAAGAAGAAAACUCAGAUGUGGACAGAAGUGGAGAGACAGCCAGGCAUGCCUGCCAAAGCCACAGUGACAACCUUGGAGCCAGAGAUGUACCUGAAGCUGAAGUCUCAAUAGAAGCCAGAGCCCCCGAUGAGUUCCCCAACCCUUCUAGCAGCAGCGAGGAGAGUACAGGCAGCUGGUCCCAGCUAGCCAAUGAGGAGGACAACCCAGAUGACACAAGUAGCUUUCUGCAGCUCAGUGAGAGAUCCAUGAGCAAUGGCAACAGUAGUGCCACUAGCAGUCUUGGCAUUAUGGACCUGGACAUUUAUCAGGAAAACAUGCCAUCUUCUCCCAUGAUUCAUGAAUUAGUAGAAGAAAAGGAGAUUCUUAAAGGACAGUCAAAAAGCAUAAAGGAACAUGCCUCUGGACUGCCAGGGAGAACAGCCAGCCACCCAAGGAGCCUGCUGGUGAUCAACUUUGACCUGGAACCAGAGUGUCCUGAUGCCGAGCUUCGAGCUACUCUGCAGUGGAUAGCUGCCUCCGAACUGGGGAUCCCCACAAUCUACUUUAAGAAAUCUCAGGAGAGCAGAAUUGAAAAGUUUCUAGAUGUCGUGCAACUGGUUCAUCAGAAGUCCUGGAAGGUGGGGGAUAUCUUUCAUGCAGUUGUCGAGUACUGCAAAAUCCAUGAGGAGCAGAAGGAAGGGACCCCGAGUCUCUUUGACUGGCUCUUGGAACUGGGAUAA